GCGAGAGAAGGCGGCUUCCCGCGGGGCGGUGACCGGUGCAGACUUCAGCAUGAAGACCCUCAUCGCCGCCUACUCUGGGGUCCUGCGUGGCGAGCGUCGGUCCGGGGCUGCCCGGAGCCAGAGCGCUAACGGAGGAUCUGCGCUAUCGCGUGAGGGGUCUGGGCGAUGGGGUGCCGGCUCCAGCAUCCUCUCUGCCCUCCAGGACCUCUUCUCCAUAUCCUGGUUCAACAGGUCCAAGGUAGAGAAGCAGCUGCAGGUCAUCUCGGUGCUGCAGUGGGUCCUGUCCUUCCUCGUACUGGGAGUGGCCUGCAGCAUCAUCCUCAUGUACACGUUCUGCACUGACUGCUGGCUCAUUGCUGUGCUCUACUUCACCUGGCUGGUGUUUGACUGGAACACACCCAAGAAAGGUGGCAGGAGGUCACAGUGGGUCCGAAACUGGGCUGUGUGGCGCUACUUUCGCGACUACUUCCCCAUCCAGCUGGUGAAGACGCACAACCUGCUCACCACCAGGAACUAUAUCUUCGGCUACCACCCCCAUGGCAUCAUGGGCCUGGGCGCCUUCUGCAACUUCAGCACCGAGGCCACAGAAGUGAGCAAGAAGUUCCCUGGCAUUAGGCCCUACCUAGCCACACUGGCUGGCAACUUCCGGAUGCCAGUGCUGCGGGAAUACUUGAUGUCUGGAGGCAUCUGCCCUGUCAACCGGGACACCAUAGACUACUUGCUUUCAAAGAAUGGGAAUGGCAAUGCCAUCAUCAUCGUGGUAGGGGGUGCGGCUGAGUCCCUGAGCUCCAUGCCUGGCAAGAACGCAGUCACCUUGCGGAACCGCAAGGGCUUUGUGAAAUUGGCUCUGCGCCAUGGAGCCGACCUGGUUCCCGUCUACUCCUUUGGGGAGAAUGAGGUGUAUAAGCAGGUGAUCUUCGAGGAGGGCUCCUGGGGCCGGUGGGUCCAGAAGAAGUUCCAGAAGUACAUCGGCUUCGCCCCGUGCAUCUUCCAUGGCCGAGGCCUCUUCUCCUCUGACACCUGGGGCCUGGUGCCCUACUCCAAGCCCAUCACCACCGUCGUGGGUGAGCCCAUCACCAUCCCCAAGCUGGAGCACCCGACCCAGCAGGACAUCGACCUGUACCAUGCCAUGUACAUGGAAGCCCUGGUGAAGCUCUUCGACAAGCACAAGACCAAGUUUGGCCUCCCGGAGACAGAGGUCCUGGAGGUGAACUGAGCCAGCUCUCAGGGCCACGGUGCUGGAGGAACCAGUUGCAAAUCGUUUUCUGCCAAGCCCUCGAGUGCUUUUUGUUCUGUAAAUUUGGAAGCGUCAUGGGUGUCUGUGGGUUAUUUAAAAGAAAUUAUAAUAACUUUAUUAAACCAUUA